GUUCGGGAGGAAGCAAGAUCCAAGAAGAAAUUGGACGCAGCGACUAUCGGCAAGCAGCUGUAGGCCUGUGCUGUCUGACAUCAUGUUUAAACGCAUCACCAAGCACAACGAGCGGCUCGAAAAGGACCGAGAAGAGGGCCUGGCUGUGGGCCAUGAGGCGCCACCAGAGAUGGCUAUCGAUGACGACAGCGACAGCGACAGCGAGAGUGAGAACGAGGCCGAGAUCGACGAUGACGACAAGCACAGCGAAGGUUCCAAUUCAGGGAACAAUGCAAGCAACGAAGAGGACGACCAAGACGACGAAGAUGGGCAAUCGGAUUCGGGCGCAGGCUCCGAGGCAGAGGAGGAGGAGGAGCCCUUUGCGAUCACACGAGCGCUUCAAGACCCGAUUUACACUCGCCCCGAUGCACCGCUGAAGAAGGGUCAGCCCCAUCGUUCCUGUGUCAUCUGCCCCCUCGCCGCCCUCAAGGAUGACGCGAGCGUCACUGUGCACCUCAAGAGUAAUACCCAUCAUCGAAGAUUAAAGCGUUUCACAAACAGGCUUGCCAAGCUGCCCGACAAUGGGAGAAAGACGCCAGAGGAAGGUGGCACGGAUGCGAAGAAGGUGGUAGCAAUGUGCGAUGAGAUCCUGAAAAAGCAAGAGGAGCAGCUGGCCGCCAAGAGGAAGGAUAAAGAAGAGGGUAAAAAGCGAAAGCGGGCCGAAAAGGUCGAAAAGAAGAAGGCCAAGCGGAGAAAAGCGUCCGAAGAAGCAGCAGGAGGGGAGCCGACGCGGAAAAAGGCAAAGAACAAGAAGCGCAAAGAUCGGGCAAUUGCCAAGACAAAUGUCGAGGAGAAGGAGUAGAAGCAAGUAGACAAUGGCGCCACAACAGGGAGACAAGCUCCAUAACACGUACAGCUUAGCCCUCUUCUUGCAAGGGUAGACUACGGGCACCCUUGCUCUUCUCCUAUCUUUCUUUCAAUCGGAAGCGGGCCUAGUCUCACCUCCCUCCCUGAAGGCCGUGGGCGACUCUCAAAAGUUUCGACAGAGCAAGCAAGCUCUCGUACUAUCAUCAUCACCAUAGACCUCUAUCUCUCCCUGAACGGCAAUGGGUUCAAGAUCACCAUAAUAUUGUGCCAUAGCAACAUACAAAAUCUAAUUUCUUGGCUGAAAGGCCGGUCCGGUCUAGGCUCGCCGCCC